GAGUGCAGAGAGAGAGAGAGAGAGAGAGAGUGGGGAGAGAGAGAGAGAGAGGCUCGGUCCCACGGCUCUCUGCACCGCGGUCCCGGGAUUCUUGAGCUGUGCCCAGCUGACGAGCUUUUGAAGAUGGCACAAUAACCGUCCAGUGAUGCCUGACCAUGACAGCACAGCCCUCUUAAGCCGGCAAACCAAGAGGAGAAGAGUUGACAUUGGAGUGAAAAGGACGGUAGGGACGGCAUCUGCAUUUUUUGCUAAGGCAAGAGCAACGUUUUUUAGUGCCAUGAAUCCCCAAGGUUCUGAGCAGGACGUUGAGUAUUCAGUAGUACAGCACGCAGAUGGGGAAAAGUCAAAUGUACUCCGCAAACUGCUGAAGAGGGCGAACUCGUAUGAAGAUGCUAUGAUGCCUUUUCCAGGGGCAACCAUCAUUUCCCAGCUGUUGAAAAAUAACAUGAACAAAAAUGGUGGCACCGAGCCCAGUUUCCAAGCCAGCGGUCUCUCUAGUACAGGCUCCGAAGUACAUCAAGAGGAUAUAUGCAGCAACUCUUCAAGAGACAGCCCCCCAGAGUGUCUUUCUCCUUUUGGCAGGCCUACUAUGAGCCAGUUUGAUAUGGAUCGCUUAUGUGAUGAGCACCUGAGAGCAAAACGCGCCCGGGUUGAGAAUAUCAUUCGGGGGAUGAGCCAUUCCCCGAGUGUGGCAUUAAGGGGCAAUGAAAAUGAAAGAGAGAUGGCCCCGCAGUCUGUGAGUCCCCGAGAAAGUUACCGGGAAAACAAACGCAAGCAGAAGCUGCCCCAGCAGCAGCAACAGAGUUUCCAGCAGCUGGUUUCAGCCCGAAAAGAACAGAAGCGAGAGGAACGCCGACAGCUGAAGCAGCAGCUGGAGGACAUGCAGAAACAGCUGCGCCAGCUGCAGGAAAAGUUCUACCAAAUCUAUGACAGCACUGAUUCUGAAAAUGAUGAAGAUGGUAACCUGUCUGAAGACAGCAUGCGCUCCGAGAUCCUGGAAGCCCGGGCUCAGGACUCUGUAGGGAGGUCAGACAACGAGAUGUGUGAACUAGACCCAGGACAGUUCAUUGACCGGGCUCGAGCCCUGAUCAGGGAGCAGGAGCUGGUGGAAAACAAGCCCAAGAGAGAAGGGAACAACAAAGAAAGAGACCACGGGCCAAACUCCUUACAACCCGAAGGCAAACAUUUGGCCGAGACCUUGAAACAAGAACUGAACACUGCCAUGUCGCAAGUUGUGGACACUGUGGUCAAAGUCUUCUCGGCUAAACCCUCCCGCCAGCUUCCUCAGGGUUUCCCACCACUGCAGAUGCCCCAGGCCAGAUUCGCAGUCAACGGGGAGAACCACAAUUUCCACACUGCCAACCAGCGCCUGCAGUGCUUCGGCGACGUCAUCAUCCCGAACCCCCUGGACGCUUUUGGCAACGUGCCGAUGCCCAGUUCCACAGACCAGACAGAAGCGCUGCCCCUGGUGGUUCGGAAAAACUCAUCUGACCAGUCUGCCUCUGGCCCGGCCGCUGGCGGCCACCACCAGCCCCUGCACCAGUCGCCUCUCUCGGCCACUGCAGGCUUUACCACCUCCACCUUCCGCCACCCCUUUCCCCUUCCCUUGAUGGCCUACCCAUUUCAGAGUCCCUUAGGUGCUCCCUCCGGUUCCUUCUCGGGCAAAGACAGAGCCUCUCCUGAAUCCUUAGACUUAACUAGGGAUACGACGAGUCUGAGGACCAAGAUGUCAUCCCAUCACCUGAGCCAUCAUCCCUGUUCACCAGCACACCCUCCCAGCACGGCCGAGGGGCUCUCCUUGUCCCUCAUAAAGUCCGAGUGUGGAGAUCUGCAAGACAUGUCUGACAUCUCACCUUAUUCGGGAAGUGCAAUGCAGGAAGGAUUAUCACCUAAUCACUUGAAAAAAGCAAAGCUCAUGUUCUUUUAUACCCGUUAUCCCAGCUCCAAUAUGCUGAAGACCUACUUCUCUGAUGUCAAGUUCAACAGAUGCAUUACCUCUCAGCUCAUCAAGUGGUUUAGCAAUUUCCGUGAGUUUUACUACAUUCAAAUGGAGAAGUACGCACGUCAAGCCAUCAAUGAUGGAGUCACCAGUACAGAAGAGCUGUCCAUCACCAGAGACUGUGAGCUCUACAGGGCUCUGAACAUGCACUACAACAAAGCAAAUGACUUUGAGGUUCCAGAGAGAUUCCUGGAAGUUGCGCAGAUCACAUUACGGGAGUUUUUCAAUGCCAUUAUCGCAGGCAAAGAUGUUGAUCCUUCCUGGAAGAAGGCCAUCUACAAGGUCAUCUGCAAGCUGGAUAGUGAAGUCCCUGAGAUUUUCAAAUCCCCGAACUGCCUACAAGAGCUGCUUCAUGAGUAGAAAUUUCAACAACUCUUUCUGAAUGUAUGAAUAGUAGCAGUCCUCUUUGGAUGUCCAACUUGUAUGUGUUGAGAUUUUGAUUUCAGAUAUAUGUGUGUGGGAGGCAUGGAUAUGUUAUGAAAUCAGCUGGUAAUUCCUCCUCAUCAACUUUCUCUCAUUUCCUUUGGUUUUCCAUUACAAAGGGAUGGUUCUCUUCUUUCUACCUUUAGUUUACUUUUGCCCAAGGCCCUUAACAUUUGAAGACUUAACCUAGGAUUGAUUUUCAGGGAAAAAAAAAAAAGAGAAGAAUGUUGGCAUGUGUAAAGUUUCUCUUUGCAAGGAAGGGCAUUUGUUCAAGAUGCAUCUGCUUGAUUAAUGGCAUAUUGUAAUAAUGAGAGGUGGAGGCAAAUUGGUGACACAGCCCAACUCUACAGAUGGUGAUGUGUCUCUUGCUUUUACUGUUAAGCAGGUCUGAAAGUCUGAAAAUUCAAUGGAACCACUUCAUACACUUAAAAACUUUGUUUGGUUUGGAUUCAUUAAGUAAUUUUUCUUAAUAUGUUUAAAACUAUUGCUGAGGGCAGAUGAGCAGCUCACUUUUUUAAAAAAAACACCCUAAAAGACCAAAUUUUAAAAGAAAAAUCACCACUAUCAAGCUUUUCCUAAGAGAACCCAACAGUAGGUUCUCCUGAUCUAACCGGUUCCUAACAAAGGCAAAGCAAUUGUUUUACAAAACUGAAGAUGAGACCAGACACUUAUACAUGGUCCUCUAGCUCCCCAUGUGUACUUUAUAACAGAUUCUUUAUAAUAAAUGAGCUUAGAUCCGUUGUCAUAGAGAAAACUCUAUAACUUGUAAUCAUUUCUAUUUAUUUUGCUUCAGAUAUUGAAAGGCACAUAAGUUGCAAGGUGACUCUUGGCUCCAGUUUGUUUAUAUGCUUAAAAGGAUUAUCAUGUCUGUUUAAUUAACACUCUUUUCCUAAAACACUAAUUUCUGAAUACCUUUCUACAGUAAGGAAUAAAAGCAAUCCCAAUUGACCAUCAAAUCCUUGGCUACACUGGAAGUUUGUUGACAGCUGGUAUGGGAUUUGAUCUUCAUUAGGGGAUGAAGAGGAGCAUGUGUGAGAAUGACCUAUUUGCAUAUACAAUUCCACACUAUGUUGAUGGGUGACCACAGUGGGGACCGUCUAAAUGUUUCUUCAUUUUAGAUAGAACAUUGUCAAGCAACUGCUAAUAUCUCUUCUAAGACAGAAGCUAGUAUUGACCAAAAUGCACAAAGAGUGUAUAGCAUAGAAAAGUUUGGGGUUAUCUCAGAAGACACAAUUUCAGUACACCUAAGAAAGCUAGCUGCUAUUUUGUGCUUUCUUUAAUGGUUCUCCUCUUUUAUCCUUUCUUUUAUUUUGUAUCAGUUUUCCAGUGAUGUACAAUGUCCUACACUUCCAUUUAAAAAUCUGAAUUGCAUUCACACUUGUUUUCUGAGAUGGAUUUUUGUGUACAGAUGCAGCAAGAAUUCAUUGUUCACUCUAACUGUGUUUUCCAAGCCCUUCCUUCCCCUUAAGUAAUUUAAUACACACCUCCUAAAAUGACACAGUAACAACUCUAGUAUUUAAAACUCACAGAACAGAAUUUUUCUAAACAUCACACUUGCCUUUGGAGAAUGCAAGUAGACCCAUGUGACUGACUAGCUGAGCCGAGCAUUAUAGUUUAACUUCUUUUAUUCUGCUGAUGGGCAGGAAUUUGGGACCCAAUGAUGGUUGGUACAAAGCCUUAAACUUGCUGACUUUAAAUAACAGUGCAGUCCUGUGAUGUUCUGCCUCAUUCAAGAGGCCCUCACAGAUGGAGGAUGGACAAGGCUGAUAUCCCAACCCUUUCUUCACAACUAGGGCCAUACUCAUCUCCCAGCUCUCAACCUCCAAUACAUGCAGGCAGAACCAACAGAGAUCAUUUGUUGUUGUUCUGGAUUUCUUUUUUUUUUAAGUCCAAAUAAUCAAUACAUUGGAAUAGAAUACUUUAAAAACAAGAGAUAGGAAUCCGAUCAGCACACAAUAGUGAAGUGAUCUUGACCACUAGUCAUACUCUUUCAACUUGAUUCAUAGGGAAAAGUAUGACAUUGUCAUGUUGGUUUACAACUGAGUGUUUGCUGUUCCUGGAAUUCACAGCAACAAAAUAUUGCCCUGGUCUUAGUACAAGGCCAAAGCUGUAGCGUAUUCAUUUGGGGAGAUGGGUGGCUAGGUAUACUCUUAAUCUGGAGCAAGUGAAAUAUGGAUUGGGAUAUAUGUGGAUUUUUAGUGUUACUUUCCCUUGACUGUCUAAUUUAAGUAGACAUAUUAGGUGAGUUAUGAAUGCUCAUAACCAAAUGCCGAUGUACCUAUCUACUGAAAAUCCCCUAUCUACUGAAAAUCACCAUUCACUGAGGUAUAGAAAAUAUUUCCAAGUAGAAGUUGCAACAUGAGAAUGAACUCUCUGUGUUCUGAAAAUAGAACUCUAUCUCUUUGCUUUUUGGUGGGUGCCCCCCCUCCUUUUACAAAUAUAGAAUCUUGUGCCUCCCAGUGCAUUGGAAAGUGACAAAAGCCUGUCUCUAGAAACUCCAAUUUAACAGUUAUUCUUUAAGGAAAAAAAAAUCACGUCAAAUCUUAGCUCAACUCUCACCAGGUGAAAACUGAGUCCAUGAGAAAAAGUUAACUUUAAAUGGCGAGAUUAUAAAAGAUGAGGAAUUGUUUACAUAGGAAAAAAAAAGUCUAAAGUCUCUUGUUGAAAUUCCACAUUAUCACUUGUUUUCUGCUAACCCUAAUUAUUUUUGCAUGUCCACUUGAGGUUAUAGUCUGUGCCUAGACUUAAAAUGCACCAGCGGGGGGGAUUUUAAAAAAUCCUUCAAAAUACUAGUUUUUCCCACAAGUACAAUUGUUCUUGUGCCUUCUGUGGCUCUCGAUUUCAUCUUUUAACUUUCUUUCCAAUUUCUACAGCUGCAAUAAACACUAGAUUUUCUUUUUCUUUUUCCUGGCUGUUUGACAUAAUGUUGAUAGCUAUGCAUAUUUUGUGUCUUUUUAAAAACAAAGCGGGAGAAUACGUUUUUGAAGAAGAGAAUUUUUAGAACAGUUUGAUACCGCAAAUUAUUUUUUCCUCAAUUGUUUGAGCAGCAUUCGAGUUUUGAAAAUUCUUGUAGAAGCCAAUUUUUUGUAACUGUGGUGCAAAUCUUGUGUUUUCUUAGCCUAAUAAAAAGUAGUAUAGAAGCAAUAUUUCAUACCAUGUGCUAUGUAUGUGUGUGCAGAUGUGUGAACAUGAGAACACAUACACACAUAUACACACAUGUAAAAAUAUACAUAUAUAUGCGUGUGAAGUGGAAAGCUUACCUUUUCCUCUCUAGAUUUAAGAACCUAUUUUAGGCAUUUGUUAUGUUUUGUGAAAAGAAGGUUCUAUUUGCAGCCACCAAACAUUUUAAUUUUUACUGUCUCUCUGGCUGUUUAAUGAGGAGUUUCACAUUAAAUGGUUAAAAAAAUACAUGGAAGAUGUUAGAAUGUAGUAGUUAUUUAAGUCAAUGUUCACCCACAUAUUUGCUUUGUGCCUCCGAGUAUUAUUUAAUUAAAGUGUUUUAUGUUUGCAGAAUCGUUGUUACUGUACUAGGGAUGUGGGUGAAUAUCAUUAAAGAAUUAAAACAACAACAAUAACAAAAAGAAAAAGAAAGCAGAAACACUAAAGUGAGAGGGGAACUUUUAUAAAGCAAUGUAAAUAUUGAUCCUUAUGGCUGUUGUUACGUAAGACAUGAGAUUUUAAUAAAUAACGACAUUCUCA